GACUCUUGAAAAUGUUACUAGUAAGCCAAGUAUCACGAUUAAACAGGGAUAUGUCAGAUAAGGUGAUGGGAAGUGUAAAAAGAUAUGCAGAAGGAGAAGACAGCCUUAAAAAGAUGCAGCUGAUGGAGCUUGCAAUUCUGAAUGGCACCUACAGAGAUGCCAACAUCAAAUCACCAACAGCCCAGGCUCCAAGGAUUAUUACUGGGCCUGCGCCUGUCCUCCCACCAGCUGCCCUGCGUACUCCUACGCCAGCUGGCCCUACCAUAAUGCCUUUGAUCAGACAAAUACAAACCGCGGUCAUGCCAAACGGAACUCCUCAUCCCACUGCUGCAAUAGUUCCACCUGGACCCGAAGCUGGUUUAAUUUACACACCAUAUGAGUACCCCUACACACUGGCACCAGCUACAUCAAUCCUUGAGUAUCCUAUUGAACCUAGUGGUGUAUUAGGUGCGGUGGCUACUAAAGUUCGAAGGCACGAUAUGCGUGUCCAUCCUUACCAAAGGAUUGUGACCGCAGACCGAGCCGCCACCGGCAACUAACCUAUGACCUUCUGACCUCUGAACUCUUCACCCAAUGAUGACCUGACCAUGCCUGCCUGCUGAUCAGUUAACUGGUAAACGCCUUUGCUUGCCUGUCUUCAGUGCAGCGAGCUGGGGCACUUGUCCGUUCGUCUUACCAUCUAACAAAACAGACAAAGAAAUUGUUGUCCUCCAACUCCGCUUUUUGUUGUUCUCCUGUUUGGGUGAAAGUGGUUCUAGAACCUGCACUGAAUAGUAGUAAAGCAAUAAGGUCCAACUCAUCCCUCCGCACUGAUCAUCCUCUAGUGUCCCACCCCAAGCGAACGGUAAGGAGGCCUCACAAGAGAUGGAGACAGAUGUCCCUUAACUACCCGAUGACAGAGGCAGUUACUGUGAGAGACUUCUAGGAAUAUUUUUCUUCUCAAAAAAAAAAAAAAAAAAGUCAAAGCUCUCUCUGAAUGUACUGUGUGAUGAUGCAUCAUGCAUGAACCUUUGGUCAGGGAUGUCAUUGGGGAAGGGAUUCCAAAAAAGUAUUCAAAAUUUGAUAACGCUGUUUAGUCACUACCGGUGCCCUCAAAGGGCAGUUGUUGCAGCCUUUUUUCUAUUGCCUGCCAAAUUGGACAUUUUAAAGGAAAGUGUGCCAUGAAAUGCAGAUUAUGAUGACUUUUCAGAACUAUGUUAAUACAGAGAAAAAAAAAAAAAACAGCAACACUAUUAAGGCAAAAUCUGAGUUUAAAUUAUUUUAACCAUACUUUAAUCUCCUUGGAAGAUUACAUGAGAACAAGGUACAUGCAUUAUGUGUCACAUUACUGGGCAAACUGUUCAAAUAUUUUUUUUAAACCUCCCUGUAUAGAAAAAAAAUUCAUUAAGGAUGUAAAAGCCAUGCUUGCCUAUUUGCUGUAUACAUGUAAUGAAAUUGUAGAUAAAGUGUAGUGCAUUGAAACAAAAUGAACAAAAAAGUAGAUACUUUUACUAUACAAGGGUGCUGGUGC